AUGGCCGCUCCUGUCAGCUUGAAGGAUCUUACAAUCGACAACAUUACUGAAAAUGUCCACGCCAUCAACUCGCAGUGCGGCAAUCUGCGGUUGAAAUAUAUCCUGGAGCGAACGGUCGCGCAUCUGCACGAGCUUGCGAGAGAAACAAGACUCACUACAGACGAAUGGAUGACAGCCAUCCUCUUCCUAACGCAAGUUGGUCAGAUUUCAUCCGACGUCAGACAGGAAUUCAUUCUACUAUCAGACGUCUUGGGCCUGUCUCUUCUCGUGGAUUCAAUCGAUCAUCCCAAACCGAAGGGCAGCACUGAGGGCACCGUCCUGGGGCCCUUCCACACUCACGAGGCAGAGCACGCCAAUGCCGGAAGCCUCAUAUCGCAUGAUCCAGACGGCGAGCCCCUCCUUGUCUUAUGUACCUUGAAAGACACCGACGGAAACCCAAUCUCAGGUGCCGAAAUUGAUGUGUGGGAGACCGACUCGAAGGGGUUCUACGACGUGCAGUACACGGACAGGGGCGGACCGGAUGGCAGGGCCGUGUUGACGAGCGAUGACAUGGGCAAAUUUUGGUUCAAGGCCAUCGUCCCGGUGCCGUACCCCAUUCCGCACGAUGGGCCGGUAGGGAAGCUCCUCAAGGUGCUGAAUCGCCACCCGUACCGGCCAAGUCACAUGCACUUCAUGUUCAAGAAGGAUGGCUUCAUUGAGCAUCCACUGACAUGCAUCUGCUGCGCGCUGUAUCUCAAGGAUGACCCUUAUGAAUCUACCGAUGCCGUUUUUGGCGUCAAGGACUCGCUCGUAGUACAGUUGAAGAAGCUUGAGGAUGAAGAACUAGCGAAGAAAUACGAUGUCAAACUAGGUUCUGCUUUGAUUACCUAUGACUUUGUCCUGGUCAAGGAUGAGGCUGCGGCUGCACUGCGCAGACAGAAGGCGGAAGAAGCCAUGGCAAGUUUGGGGCGUACAUUCAGAUUCAUUGAUGACCUUCCUGUUCCCCAUGUAGAUUAG